AUGGAGCUGGCCUUAAAACUUUCACAGAAAAUAAAUGAAGCUUUAGCAGUACACGACAAGAAGGUGCGACCAAACGCAGGAGGUAAGAGCAGCUUGUAAUUAGUAUAUAGUUUACUGUCCCUUCACAGCCACGUUCAUCGACUCAGUUAAGCUACCCUUGAGGAGCAAUUUUAUGUUCUACGAUUAUUCUCGAUUCUAGUUGUCACAGCUUCGACAUUCUAGAGAUGAAUUAAGGAGGAGAAAAAUAUAGGGUAAGUGCGGACCCAAAGGACACAAACUUUCAGUCUAAAAGGGGAUAAAAUUAAAAAAACGUACAUUUCAUGUAUAUGAUUUCUCUCACAGGUCCACCAGUUAUGGUUGAUGUAGAAUUCAAAAUUAUCUCAAUUGGAGAAAUUAAAGAAGCUCAGAUGGUAAGAGGCACUCUAGAUUUGAUUUAGUUCAGAUGUCGCUCGGUUACUCCCGGUAUUUUUGAUCAUUUACAUCUAUCUUGCUUCUUCAUAAGUCGAAAGCAACCUGUAAACCAGCUAUUUGCUUAAAUUGUCAUAAUUAUCAUCAUUAUUAGUGGCAAUUGCUAUUAUUAUUUUUUAUGGAAGACUUUAUAGUAAAAUUAUCGUCUUUUAUAAAGUGCAAUUACGAGCCCAAUAGCCUUGGCAAUUAAACUAUGUAUAAAAGCAUUAAAAAAACAACAAUUAGGUUGGGAAUAAAAUGAAUAAUAAACUAGUAGAAAUCAACGAUAACAAUUUAAAAUGAAGAUCAAUAUUUAUGUAGUCAAAAACAGUCUCAUCUAUAAUUAAUCUUCGUGGAUUAUUAUCGCUAUUAUUAAUAUUAUUAAUAUUAUUAUUAUUAUUAUUGGUUCUUAUAGUUGGAUAACAAAAAUCAUUAAAUUGAAUUGAUUGCUGAGUGUGAGCUCAGCUUAACCUAUUAAUCCUGACCUUUUACCUAUAAAGGAAUACACAAUGGAUAUAUUCUUCCGUCAAUGGUGGACUGACCCAAGACUGGCACAUAAUAUGAGCACGCCUUUCAAUAUGGCAGGAGACGCAACUCAAAUGAUCUGGACACCAGAUACGUUUUUCUGGAAUGUCAAAGCAGCAAAAUAUCACAGGGUAACGCGAGAAAAUAUGAGAAUAAAAAUACAUGGAGAUGGAAAAGUCUACUUCAGCACAAGGUAAAGUGACUGGUAAUGCUCAUACAUGUAAAGCGUUAUUGUAAAUAUUUAUUAUUAUUAUUAUUAUUAUUAUUAUUUAUUAUUAUUAUUAUUGUUGUUGUUGUUAUUAUUAUUUGCAACCGAAACACAUCAAGUAACUAAUAAAACAAGCGUGUGCCUUUCCAAGGCUGGUUUCUAGAUGAGUGGGAUUUUAGCCAAUCAGAAACGGAAAAAUAUUUUGAGUGAAUAACAAUACUGAAUAAUACUUGGUUCCGAAGCUCAGAGAUUAAAAAAUAGAGAGAUUUUAACCACGUGGUCAAGUAUACGCUUGACUCUAAACAAGCAUUGGCCUUGUUGCAGUCAAACAAACAAACGAAUAAACAAACUCGGAAACCCUGCCCGCCCCAUUGAUUAUUAUAAGAGUUACACGGGUGACAGUUCUUACAGAUGUCAGUUCAUAGAGGUUCUCGAUGUCGCUUUUCUCACCUGGUUCUUAAAAGAAGCAGGUGUUGCUGAACUCUUAAAAAGCAUACUUAGUUUGAACCAUGCAUAUUAAAGGACCAAUAUAUCUAAUACUGUGUUUCCCAUAGAUGGUAUACGUAGUAUUUAUUCUUGGAAUAAAAAAAUUGUCUGAAUUUGUCAGGUUAUAACUUCUGUUAUUUAGGGUGGCUCGACUGGAUUUUUUAGGGAGUAUACCUCCCAACUUUGGGCGUUUACCACGUCGCCAUUAACAAAGAUAACUCAAAAAGGUUACCACAGCGGCACUGUGUAAAGAUGAAAGUUUCAUAUUUUUAUGUAUUGGCCUUCAACCUCUAAGUUGUUUUAAGGUUUGACAUAUAUUCUUUUCUUUUUAGCAUUACUUUUACAGCGCAAUGUGAUAUGAAUCUUCGCAUGUACCCAAUGGACAUUCAAGUUUGCCCUUUAACUAUAGAGAGUUGUAAGUACAAUCUCUGUUUCCUAAUAACCCUGGAUUUAUCAUGUUUUUUCAUGUCCUAAAGAUUGUUUCAUAGUAAUAAACGUCUGAAGUGAAAGUAACUGCAGUCGUUUGGUGAGCCAAUACUUUGCUUCCUGAUAUUUUAAAGUACGUUGAUCGGCUUUUUAAUUGAUUGUCUCAAAUGAAACUCCUGUUUUUUCUCACGUAUCAAUAGGCCAUUUCCGAGUUCCCCCGGGCCUCUGCUUUAAAACGAGGAUAGGUGCUCAGCCUUUGAUAUGCAAAUCAUUUUUAAAAACUCAUUUUCACAAGAAUGGUUGUGCACCUGGCCUCAUUUUGAAAGUAAGGGCUUUUGGAACUCGGAAGUGGCCUAUUGCAAGCUUGGAAAUGAGGACCAUGAGCGUCAGUCUCUUUAAAAAGUCGACAGUCGAUCAAGUUAUAAACACAACAAAUGAAAUCUAAAAAAAGACCGCAAGUCAACUACGCUGUGACACCGAUACUUGUGAUGGAUAGACAUGCCAACUUCAACGUCAACGUUAUUUGCACUGUGCAGAUGAAUUUAUCUUACACAUAGAGAAUAUAUAAUUUUGUCACAGAAAUGUACUCAAAUAUUGAUAAACGGAAAAGCUAGAGAGGAUGUGCACAGUGGCCAAAGGGGCCCAGGUUUUCGAGUUGGCCUCUGUCAUGUUUGAAAUCUAAUCUGUGGCUGCCCUCGAAAGUCGUACUUGGCAUCCGAAGGAGUCUCGUUGUUAUUCGCAAGAAAAAGAGAAAAACUUAAAUCGUCAGAUCUUUUCUUUAUAUCCAAAUAAUCUUUAACUCUUCAGUUCUUCAGAUAACAACUUAGUCUGCCUUACACGAUACGGAAGAGCGAAGGAUUACAUGGAUUGUAAACCUAAAUCACACAUGUGAUAAACAAGAACAUGGCGGCAACUAGCACGAGUCCUAAGCAAAAUGGUAACAACCACUGACCAUAAAUACUGAAAACUCCUUACUACAGCAUUGCUGUAGUAACAUAAUCAGAAAAAACCAAGGUUUAUAUUCGUUAAGAUAAGCGGGCACAUUACUAGGAUUAAAUUAGCUGCAAAAACCGUGGACGAAGAUCCUGCUAGUUGUAAACGUUGGAUCUCUAGAAAAGAGAUCAAAUCAGCCAAAAUAUAAAGAAACAAGAACAAGAAGUCCAAAGACUACUGCAAAGCUGAUUAGGCAAGCAUAAUCUACAGUAAAUAUUAUACUAACUGAAGCAUAUCUUAACCUGGGAGCUCACUCACGCGCUCAUUCAUUCCAUGUGAUUAGCUCCUCAUUAGUGAUAAAAAAUAUCUUCCACGUUUCAGAUGCACAUACCAGAGAAGAUGUUGAUUACCGAUGGAAAGGAGGCAAGUCACAGGGUGUUGAGAUUUUCUCCAAGGAAAUGGCUCAGUUUGAAUUUGUCGGAGCCAAAACGUCGACUAAGGCAAACACCAACAGCAAAGGCAAGCAAUUUUAAUCAGUUAAGAUAAAAUUUGUAGCAUUUUCGUUUAGGUCAUUUGGCUCUUCAUUUUUUUAAAUUUGAUUUUACGGACUUUAAAAUUAGUUAUUCUCUACAUGCACAGACUAGCGUUUGUCUUUUUGUCUGUAAAUAAAGGAUCCUUUACUAGUCUGCAAGCAUUUUUUACCUUCAAGAGACGUGUGUCGUACUUCAUUACCGCCACCUUUAUGCCAGCAGUGGUUCUUGUGAUUCUAAGUUGGUGCUGCUUUUGGAUCGACCGUUCUGCUGUUCCGGCACGAGUAGCUCUCUCCAUAACAACUAUUCUAACUACCAUUUUGUUGUAUGGCUCAGUCAACUCCAAUAUGCCCAAGGUAAUUUUACUGAAAUAACAAACAAGAACAUUAAGGCAGAUACUGCAAUAAGAGAUAAGCACUGCGAGAAAAAAAAAACAUUAAUCAGUUUGAUAGAACCCAAUAACGCAGGUCUGCAUCCGAAGACAAAGCUUCUCAGCCCUCAGUUUUGCUUUCGCUGUUACUUCAGGGUGUUUUUUCUCCUGGAAAUCUGAAGUACACGACCAUCAUUUCCAUUCGAGGACCAUUGCCAUAGUCAAGCAUUUUACUAUAGAUAUCUGACACCCACUUUAAACACUAGAAGAGUGACACGAUCUGGGGCGUACGAUACGCAGUGUUAGUUCCCCAAGUAAAUUCUGAGAGUGUGCAAAGGAGUCAAAGAAGCCCUGUCUUCAAGACAUUAACCUCUAAAUAGACAUGUUAAAAUUGUGGCCUUUUCCUAUAUACCUUGAAAUUUUACCCCAUAGUAGCGCCCCAAUGAGUUACUUAGCACUAAAAGUCGCUGAACGGGGCAACGUACUGUAGAAUCUAUCAAGAAUCUAUCAAGAAACUACCAAGUCACAGUUACCGGCGAAUGUUGAAGCUCGUUGCGAUUUACGUUAUAAAAAUUGUUCACAUACUGAGAAGUUUUCUUCGUGGGAUAACAGUUUACUUUCAAAACUACUGGUCCCUCGAGAAACUUGUUAAUUUUGUCUGCCGGGAACUUCAAUGUUUCUCCAGGGGCCAGACAUUAUAGUUAACUUAAUUAACGCCUUGUGACAAAAAAAAAUAUAUUUUUAAGAGAACAAGUUUUGUUUUUGCACAAGAAUAAAUUGACACGAUAGGCACAAAAAGAAGGAAAAAUAUGCGGUUUCAGAAGUAUAACUUGGUGUUUAAGGCUAUAACUUUGAAGCGGUCACGGUUUCUUCUGACUCAUCAUCACUUUUAACGUCAAUAUCAUGCCGCCUACAACAAUACUCCCAGCUUCCUUCGUUUGUGGCGUAUAGGUUUUAAUGAUAUAUAAUUAUUCAAACACUACAGUUUCGUCAUGUUGCUUCUUUUCUUUAUCUCUAUCCUUAUUAUCCUGGCUUACUUGUGUGGCACAAUUUAACGACGCGUGCAUAAGCACUGAGAUUAUAAAGUGCGUUAGUCUAAACGUUCGACGCAGGUGAAAACAAGCCUUAAUACUAAUGGCUUAAAUUUGGCUUUUUGGCAGGUAAGUUACAGUAAAGCUAUCGAUUACUUCCUGAUGACGUCACUGGGCUUUAUAUUUAUGGCACUACUGGAAUACAUCCUUGUGCUUAACACGGAUCCACGUUUCUGUACACAAAGACGAAAAGAAGAAAGAGAUGACAAGAUGAAGUCAUUAUACAAGGUAACGUGUUGA